AUGAAUAGUUUUAGGAUAUUGAGAAAUAAUAUCACCUCCAUCAUCCUUCUGGGAUUUCCAAAUCUACACAAUUUCACAUUUCUGUUCUUCGCCCUACUAGUUAUUAUAUACUGUGUGACCAUUUCAGGAAACCUUUUUAUAAUAAUCUUGUAUUUGGUGAGUAAAACCCUACAGUCCCCCAUGUACUUCUUCAUUACACAGCUAUCGCUGUGUGACCUCCAGCUCUCUACAGAUAUUGUCCCCAUCCUUCUUUACACUGUACUGUAUGGAGAAUUCACUGUCUCCUUUUUUGGCUGCAUAAUCCAGUUUUCUAUCUUUGGUAUGUCAGAGACCUUUGAAUGUCUUCUUCUAUUAGUGAUGUCUUAUGAUCGUUAUCUGGCCAUCUGUAACCCCCUCCGGUAUCACUCUAUUAUUGAUCGAAAGUUUUGUCUGUCCUCAUUAAGUGUUAUUUGGGUGAUAAGUGUUAUUACAGUAACAGUUGACAUCAUUUCUAUUAAUUAUCUACAUUUCUGUGGACCACAUGUCAUUGACCAUUUCUGUUGUGAUCUUGAACCCAUAAUUAAGCUCUCCUGCUCUGACACAACCAUGAUUAAUAACCUGGGUCUUAUAUUAGGAUUUUUCCUUAUUGCAGUACCUUUUAUAAUAAUUGUGAUGUCCUAUGUGUACAUUGUCAUCACCAUUCUGAAGAUCCCAUCCAAUACCGGAAGACAUAAAGCCUUUUCCACCUGUAGCUCCCAUCUCAUUGUGGUCUCCUUAUUUUAUGGGACAUUAAUCAUCGUUUAUAUAUUUCCUUCAAAAGGACAAUCCCUUAUCCUGAGUAAGGUCUUAUCUCUGAUGUAUACUGUGGUGACCCCACUGCUCAAUCCUAUCAUAUACACCCUGAGGAACAAAGAUUUCAAAGAAGCUUUACAGAAACAUAUCAAAAUUUAUUUCUAA